GCCGCUGGCGAUGACAACAGCCACACGUGAUCGGCUAACACUGAGUCUUACCUCGCUGUGGCGUCAGAGCCGCCGUCGCUCCCUCCCUUCUCGGCAGUGGUACCUGUUCCCGGUGGCCCUGAGGACGUGCGGGCCAGGGUUGCGGGGCCAAGUGUUGCGGCGACGCACCUCACGUCGAGAAUUGGGAGGAGGAGACUGCAAGGAUAGGCCCAGGAGUAAUGGAGUCCAAAGAGGAACGAGCGUUAAACAAUCUCAGCGUGGAAAAUGUCAACCAGGAAAAUGAUGAAAAAGAUGAAAAGGAGCAAAUUGUUAAUAAAGGGGAGCCCUUGGCCCUCCCUUUGGAUGCUGGUGAAUACUGUGUGCCUAGAGGAAAUCGUAGGCGGUUCCGCGUUAGGCAGCCCAUCCUGCAGUAUAGAUGGGACAUAAUGCAUAGGCUUGGAGAGCCACAGGCAAGGAUGAGAGAGGAGAAUAUGGAAAGGAUUGGGGAGGAGAUGAGACAGCUGAUGGAAAAGCUGAGGGAAAAGCAGUUGAGUCAUAGUCUGCGGGCAGUCAGCACUGAUCCCCCUCACCAUGACCAUCACGAUGAGUUUUGCCUUAUGCCCUGAAUCCUGAUGGUUUCCCUGAAGUUAAUAGGGAGACCCCUGCUUCCUAAACUUACACAUUUGUGGUGUACCUUUGUCGUAAACGUUUUGAUGUUACCUAUUUCUUGUGGGUCUCCUAUUACCAGCUUCUAACUGAAUGUUGUUUUUGACCCAGUUUGUAAGUUUCUGUCAGCAGGGGAGUUUUACCUAUUGCAUGGAAAGAUGCUCAUUAUAUAUUGUGAAGUUAAUAAAACAGUUUUAAAAAG